AUGCCAUCUCACCGUCGCAUUCCAGGCCUACAAAGCAAUGCCAGGGCCCCAAAGGCAAGGACGCCCUUGCAACAACAACUUCUUGAUCUCCAAGAGAAGGACGACAGGCAUGCUGAAGCCUCGCAUGCGGCACGACUACGCCGCUUUACAGCCAAUCCAAUCCUGCCACAGGUUGAGGAUCCCCCCGAUUUGCCAAUACCCGCGCACAUCAUGGACGAGUGGCAAGCCGACGAUGCCGAACCAGGCGAAGUCGACGCCGGUGAGGACGAGAUUGACUUGAACCAGUUCAUGCCAUUUCGAUUCCCAACAGGGCCUUCCAAUGAUGAAGUCAACCCGGUUUUAGAGGCGCUCCGACGGGAACAGCAUCUAUCUAAUCGCCGAAAACAUGAAGAUCGAUGGGCUUGGCAAUAUGCCCUCAUGCUGCCGACUUUUCUUCGGUGUCGACUUGCAACAUCUAAUUGGGGAGAUGAGGCGCGAUGGAACCACGAUUUCAGGCCUCCCUGCAACUGCGCGCGCAGGACCGAGCGAGAUGUUGAUUUAAUAGAUAUAUUAACAUCGCCAUCUCAACCCCGGACCGCAUUUUCUGUUCGCCUGAUGAAACACCAUCACGCUGUCUGGUUACGAUUUGCAGUCGGAACACAGGGUUUCUGUGAUGCGCUUGAUGACACUUUGGACGAUCACAGUCCCUUGAUUUUAACGUCAAAAAUGCAGCCUCGGGAUUGGCGACAGCCUUUUACAGAGGCAAUAGAUGCGUACCGCGCUAUCAUUAUGCAGAUACGCAAAAUCGAACAUGAACGUCUUCGCCUCAGCAAGCUGGGGAUUCUGGCGGUGAACUGCCCCAAAUGUUUUGGUCCCCCAGUCGGCACGACUCAAACCGACGAAGCGCGCGUGGUGGUCUGUUUAGAUGUGCAAUUCCUCAUAGCAGACACGAAGAAGUAUCAAGCCGAGCUACUUUCAUCAGAGGAAUCUCUGGCCAAGCUGUUGCAGGCAAAUGAGUCGCAUACUUACGAGUAUUUUGAGGCCCAGUGGGGGUGCCAGCGUGAGUUGCAACUCAAAGAGAUGAAUGUGAGGACAAAGGAGAAACGUGUGAGACUUGAGGUCUUGAUUGAACUGGAGGAAGAGCUUCUGGAAGCGCGUAAGAGAAUGAAUGAGAUCGAUGCUGGUAAUGCAGCCAUCCGAACUGCUGAGCAACGUCAGGAACUCCUUGGACUGCCGAGGUCCCUUGCAAACCUGGAAGUCAAAAUGCAAGAGGUUGCCCAAGAACUCGGCAAUGCCGAGGUUGUCAAUGUGAGGCAUGGGACUGAUGCACGUGUAAAAGGAGCCCUCGCUGUUCAGGUCGCCAUGGGAUUCCUUUACGAGGCAAAGUGGGAUGUAAUGCAACAGCAGAGCAAUGCUGCUAUUCGGACUGGUGUCUUUUGUCCCUGA